AUGCUUUCGCGACGAGGCUUUAACAAGGAAGCCGAUAUAAUCGUAACUGGAAGCGAAACGCAGAGUACGCAAGUCAUAAAUGGGAGCUUCCAGUAUGUUGGGGAGGGAGGGGGAAAUAAUGCGGGACUCACGUACCAGGAUGCAUCCGGUGCUCCAAUCGAAAGCAAAUCCCCGUUGGGAUACUCUGUCGGUCCCAUUACAAUUACCUUGCUCAAUAUCACCAUGAUGAUUGGUGCUGGCAUUUACUCCACGCCAUCGUCUAUCCUGUCUGGUACUGGUUCAGUUGGCUUGAGCUUUGUCUACUGGACCCUCGGCUAUUUGUUAUGUCUCGCAUCUGGUGCUGUGUACCUUGAAUUUACAGCAUACUUUCCCAGCCGCUCAGGCUCGGAAGUCGUUUUUCUCGAGCAAGCUUAUCCUCGUCCAAUGUGGCUCUUUCCGACCACAUUUGCCGUCCAGAGCGUCAUUCUCUCGUUUGGAAGUGCCAAUGCUACAGUUAUGGCCAACUACUUGAUCGCGAUCUCUGGACACGAGGGAACUGAAUGGCAAAUUAAAGGCACUGCUCUGGCCUGCUACAGUCUUGCUACGUUAUGUUUGGUUUUCAAUACAAAGUACGCCUAUAGGUUCUCAAAUGCCGUGGGUAUUGUGAAGAUUUGCACGCUACUCUUUAUCAUUGUCACUGGCUUCGUUGUUUUGGGCGGCAAAACCAAGGUUGCAACCCCCAAAGCAAACUUCCAAAAUGCCUGGUCUGGUAGUGCUACAGCUACAGGAUAUGGCUUGACCACCGCCUUAUAUCGUAUUAUUUUUUCAUACGGAGGAUAUAACAAUGCCUUCAAUGUUGUGAACGAGGUCAAAAAUCCCGUCAAAUCGCUGAAAAUAUAUGCCACAGUUGCCCUUACUGCGGUAUAUCUUCUAUAUAUGUUCGCGAAUGUGGCCUUCUUUGCUGCUGUUCCGAAAGAAGAGCUGGAGAACUCCGACUUAACUACUGCAACCUUGUUCUUCACCAAAGUAUUCGGUGAUAGCGGUGCAGUUCGUGGUCUUAACUUUUUAAUUGCCUUGGCUUCCUUUGGAAACAUGAUUGCUGUGAUAAUUGGCUUAUCUCGACGAAUCAGGGAAUGUGGAAGACAAGGCGUGCUACCUUGCACCAAAUUCUGGGUAUCGACCAAGCCAUUUGGCACACCUCUAGGGCCAUAUGCGGUCAUCUGGUUCCUGACCACAUUGAUGAUUCUAGCUGUUCCUGCCGGAGACGCUUUCACCUUCGUCAACGACUUGAGCAUUUUGCCUAAUGCUGCAUUUAACCUUGCGAUGGCAGUUGGUAUAUACAUUGUUCGUUGGCGACGAAGCAAAGCCAACCUUCCGGAACCCCAGUUCAAGGCUUGGCACGUCGUGAUUGUUUUCAAUAUCCUAAUUCAGCUUUACCUCGUCAUAAUGCCCUGGUAUCCUCCUGCAGGUGGUCAAUAUGCAGGGGAUGUCAGCUUCUGGUACGCCACAUACGCUGUGACCGGUAUUGCAAUUCUCCUUGCGUGCGCCAUCUAUUACUGGUUUUGGGCAUUCCUGAUUCCUAAGUGGAAGAAAUAUAGCCUGCGACAAGAACUGUUCAGCCUGGACGACGGAACGCAAAGCUACCGGCUUCGAAAAAUUCCCAACUCUGAGAUUGCAGACUGGGAUGUGAGGCACGAUGUAGCUGGACGUCUCCUUGAGAUUCCUGUCGGCAAAUUUCAGAGCGCGGAGAAGUGA